AUGGAUGCUACUAACAUUAUUUUGGUAAAGGAAGCUCCAAGAAGUCCAUGUACAGUGGGUAGCGGAAGUGAAGACCAAGACAUUUCUUCAGAGGGAGGAGGAGGGUCACUUGAAGAGCCAGACCACAAGGCUGCUGCCCCUCACAAGAAGAAAAGUGUACGAUUCAUGGAAAUUGACGAGAGUGAGCUGUACCAUCACCGUGGCAGCAUCCACGACGAGCUUAGUCAAAUGGACAGGAUGAAGCCAAGAAGCUCAACUCAGGUGAAACAGAAAAACCUCUCUCUUGCCGACCGUGCUCCUCCCGUUUUCAGCCUCACGAGCUUCACCGAGCCGGGGAAUACGUCCACAUUGUUCCCCGGAGUGAAUCCUCAAAAGGUUGCCAACUCGGAGGAGGAAGUUGACAAGGAGAUAGAUCGCUUUCUUGAAGAGUCCACCUCUGGCGAGGACGUGGCGGAUAAUUCUUUCUCUCACAAGGAUUCCGUGGGGAGGUUGCAGAAGAGAAGGAUGACCCUGUUUGACCAUCAGCUCCUUGAGUUUCGACACAGCGAGACGGCCAAGACGUCGAUCAAACAAAAAAUGCAGAGACUUUCGAGCUACCUCUUUGCUAUGGCUGUGCUGGCUGUUGGUCUGGCCAUUGCAGACCUAGAGCUUAGCUACUCAUUCCAAUAUAACAUCAGUUUGUUUGUGAAUGCAUCAUCAGUGCUAAAUGACACUACAUCACGGAUUGGUAGCAGGAGUGCAGGAAUCGGACUAAAGACCUGUGUCACACUGGUCUCGUUUGUGACGUGCGGGUUGCUGUACGCAUACUUCCACCAGCACUGCCGUUUUCUCAUUGUCAAGCACUGCCUCCCCAAGGGGGCAUCGGUCUUCACCUCCCCUGGUCUCAUGAACUUCUUCAUGGAGUUCGCACUGUGCCUCUUCCAUCUACCUCCUGUUGCUGAUCACUUCCUCCCAAACGAACUCCAACUCUUGGUUUUCCUGCGUCUCUACCUCGUCGCUCGUUACACCAGGGAGCAUAACCACAUGGCGUUCAGCAAGUCCACUCGAUUCCUUGCGUCCGUUCUCCAGACAGAGCUCGGGAGUGGCUUCUUGGUCAAGACUUUUUUUAUCAAGUGGCCGUUUGCCAUGAUCGCAAUAUUCUACUGUUUGAACUUGUUUGGAGUUGGGUACUUGGUGUUCGCGAUUGAUCGUGCAUUCAGUCCACUGCAACACAAUUCUCUGUUGGAUUCAAUAUGGAUGCAAGUUGUUACCAUGACGACCCUUGGAUUCGGUGACGUCACUCCAGAGUCAGUUCUAGCCAGGGCCUUUGUCGGCAUGUCGUCUGUUCUUGGUAUAUUUCUAAUGGCUCUGCUGAUUAGUGUCAUACACGAAUCACUGCAGAUGUCACAACAAGAGAAGAGAAUUCUUGCUUACGUCGAGAGGCAAGAUCUGGUGGACCGGGUGAAGCACCAAGCAGCCUGUUGCAUACAGGCCACGUGGCGUCUAUAUUUAUUCAAACGUAGCGGCUACGACAGCUCGCCACGUCUACGUCGAAUUCUUCAACUUGCCAAGUUCAGAGAUACCAAGAAGAGAUUGGUAAAGGAGCUAUUCAGUGUACUUAACAGGUGGAGGACGAUCAGGAAGAGUAACAGCCAGGACGACGGAUGGACUAAGGAUUUCGUGGCUGAUAACACUGCCAUCAUGCUGACAGACGUAGCGAGGAGAGUGGAACAGAUGGACACCAUCUUGAAGCGGAGUCUUGGUAUCGAAGAAGAUGAUGAUGGUGAUGCAAUUGAGCAGAAGGUGAGGAUUAGAAGUUUAUUAUUUUACCUCUCUCAUCUUGUGAACAUGCAUGGCCUUGUCAAGAACUACAGAUUUCACGAGGCAGGACAGAAAAUAGUCGGUGAUGGCAUUUCAACUGAGACUGUACUACAUCAUCUUACAGACCUGGGAGCCAGCCUAGAAGAGUCCUACCACAGAACCAUGACAGAAUUCCAGGCACUGCAGAGCUUAAUCAUGGCCAGAACGUCGACAGAGGGCGCUAUUGCGACCCAUUGA